AUGAGCCUGCCCGCAAACCAGAUCAAGGAGCCCGGCAAGCAGUCUCAGCCUGCAAAAUCGCUCAAGGAGCCCAGCCAGGAGCCUCUGCCGGUAAACCUAGUCAAGGAGCCCAGCCAGGAGUCCCGGAUCCUGUGCCCUGACCCAGCCAUUGUUGUGGAGCUGAAUGUAGGGGGGCAGUUCUACACCACCACCAUGGGCACCCUGAUGAAGCAUCCAGGCUCAAAGUUUUCAGAGAUACUGUCCAGGUCAGCUAGACACUACAAGGAUGCGCAGGGUCGCUUCUUCAUCGAUCGGCCCGGCACCUACUUUGGACUUCUCUUGGAUUACCUACGCACUGGGCAGGUACCCACAGAGUACGUUCCUGAGGUCUACCAAGAAGCUAAGUUCUACCAAAUCCACCUUUUGGUCAAGAUUUUGGAAGAUAUGCCACAGAUCUUCGGUGAGCAAGUGGCUCGAAAGCAGUUCCUGAUGGGGGUGCCAAACUACAGAGAAAACCUGGAGGUCCUGUUGCACCUGGCUCGGGCAGAGGCCGUGGCGAUGCGCUCGUCAAAGGUGGUGGUGUGUGUGGUGCGCACGGAGGAGGAUGAUGCGAAGUGUAUGGAGCCGCUGCACAUCUUGGAGGCCAAAAAGACACCGGUUGUCAAAUUCGGGCCCUGGAAGGCAGGCCCCGUGACUGAGGACUUUGUAUGCUGCCUGGAGAAGGACAUCAGAGCCAAGGGGUACAAGGUGGCCUCUCAGAGGUACCACCUCAGCAGGGAUCCCUACACUUGCUUCUGGAUCUUCGGCUUCACUUGGUGGUGAGCUCCAGGAGUGGGGAGUGUUUGUUAGAGCCUGUGGUGGGACUUGUGAAAUCAGUUGCCAUCAAAAUCCAUGUUCUAAAGCUGAGCCUGUAGUCCCAGAACUUGGAAGGCCGAGGAGACAAGAAGACUGCCCUGAGCUAGCUGGAGGCCAGUCUCCUUUAUAGACUGAAACCCUAUUGAAAUGGCCCAGGAGAAGUCAGGCUGCCCUGUUCCAUGCCUUCUUCCCUCUGGAACCACAUCCUACUUGACAAAGUAGGGUUUCUCCCAUCUUCUAAGAAAUAUAAAGCUUGUAAAAUGCUUAAC